UCUCAAAUCCGACGAAGACAACGCACGUGCAUAUACCGGCUAACAGCAACGUGGGUCUUCGUCUUCUUCGUAUCCAAACGCCAAAGCGUGGAUCGUGCACGGGAUCGUCGCGGGAGCGGCGGUCGCGGCGGCGAUCGGCUCCCGGGCUUACCUCGGCAGAUCUGCCAAGUGCCGGAGCCGGGUCGUGGGCAUCAUACCGGCCAGAUUGGCUUCGUCUCGGUUUCAGGGCAAGCCUCUGGUCCCCAUUCUGGACAAGUCCAUGAUCCAGAGAACGUGGGAGAGAGCUAAACUAGCUGCUUCUUUGGAUCAUCUUGUUGUGGCAACGGAUGAUGAAAAGAUAGCAGCAUGUUGUCGAGGAUUUGGUGCAGAUGUGAUAAUGACAUCUGAAUCAUGUUGGAAUGGCACUGAACGCUGCAAUGAAGCUCUACUGAAGCUUGACAAAAAGUAUGACACAGUUGUCAACAUCCAGGGGGAUGAGCCUCUUAUCGAACCCGAGAUAAUUGAUGGGGUUGUUAAAGCUCUGCAGGCUGCCCCAGAUGCAGUAUUUAGCACUGCAGUUACCUCAUAAAAGCCUGAAGAUGCAUUUGAUCCAAAUUGUGUUAAAUGUGGGGAUAAUUGUGGCUAUGCUAUUUACUUCUCUAGGGGGUGAAUUCCACAUAACAAGUCUGGAAAGGUCAAUCCUAAGUUUCCCUAUUUGCUUCAUCUCGGAAUUCAGAGCUAUGAUUCAAAGUUUCUAAAGAUAUAUCCAGAGCUUCAGCCUACCCUGCUCCAGCUUGAGGAGGAUCUAGAACAGCUUAAAGUUCUUGAGAAUGGUUAUAAAAUGAAGGUGAUAAAGGUUGACCAUGGCAUUGAUACUCAAGAAGAUGUUCAGAAAAUAGAAUCAUAUAUGCUUGAAGGGAACUUGUCCUAGGUAAGUGAAAUUUUCUUCUUCUUCUUCUUAUUCUUCUUCUUUUCAUUUGGUUUGUGUGUACUUGUAAGCUGGAGAUGUCAGACUUCAUCUAGCUCUAAGUUAGUUAACCUUGUUCAGCUUGAGGGUGAGAGAAUUCACGAGACAUGGAGCAUUGAUUUUGUGUGGUGCUUUGCUUUGUAAGGUACUGUAUAGCUAUAUACUCGUUUUUGGAUGAUUUACAAAAUACUGGGCUUACAAGCAUCUUGUGGCGGAUGGCAAUACCAUUUGAUUGUAGGUUCUGCUUCUCUGCAGCGCCUGGAGUCAAGAUGAGUACUAAUGUGUAUGUGGGAACAUUGCGGAAAUGAUUAUAAAUUUGGAAAAUGAUUAGUUCUCCAAUUAUUGAAUCCGAAAGGCGUCCAAAUGAGACUAUAAAAAUUCACCCCAUUGUUGUUGUUAAUUACAUGGAUGUCACUUUGUGGUAUUCGGGCCACUUUCGGCUGUUUUCUUCAGAGGAUGUAGGAUUACUAUUGUCGAUUAUGAGCAACAA